AUGACAAUGUCGAUGUAUUCGACAACGGAUAAAAUGAAAAUGUCAGCGCCCAGUUGUUUUCCAGGACGCUACAGUCCAUCCUAUCGAAGUUCAGAACAAAUGCGACGCUGCAUGCCAAAUCCAUCUAGUCGUUUAUUAGAAGAUGCUUCCCUAUUAUGCAAUUCGUGGUCAGCACGUCAGAAUGGUGAUAUUUUUGCGGGUAUCAACGACGGCAUUCUUAGUAGAGCGGAAGCUCUUGCCGCCGUCGACAUUCAGAAGCACCAAGCCCAGCAUGUACAUAGCCAAAUGCCCUCCCAAAUCAAGCACGAUGUGAUGUACCAUCAUCAUACGAUGAGUGGCCCCCCGCAACGUCCAUUACAGGUAAAUCCUUUUUCUCGAAGGAUGCACCAUUCAAUGGAUCAACUGGACAUGCUGGAUCCGACGGGCUCGAUGACAACGUUAGCGCCCAUUUCGGAAUCGCCAUUAACGCCCACACACCAGCACCUGCACGGUUCCUAUCACAGUAUGAAUCAUAUGAUGAGCCAUCACCAUCCGGGCACGUUAAGUGGCCACACGGCGGGGCACCAUGGGCAUUCAGCGGUACAUCAUCCUGUCAUUACGGCGGCUGUCGCAGCCGCUGGCCUGCAUCCUGACACCGACACCGAUCCGCGAGAGCUGGAAGCGUUUGCGGAACGCUUUAAGCAGCGACGCAUCAAGCUGGGUGUCACGCAAGCCGAUGUGGGCAAGGCUCUGGCCAAUCUCAAGUUACCUGGCGUCGGAGCGCUGUCGCAGAGUACAAUCUGUAGAUUCGAGAGCCUGACGCUGUCGCACAACAAUAUGAUCGCACUGAAGCCCAUACUGCAGGCGUGGCUCGAGGAGGCUGAGGCGCAGGCGAAAAACAAGCGACGGGAUCCGGAUGCGCCCAGUGUGCUGCCGGCGGGCGAAAAGAAAAGGACUUCCAUUGCGGCACCUGAAAAGCGUUCCCUGGAAGCCUACUUCGCCGUCCAGCCGAGACCAUCCGGUGAGAAAAUCGCUGCCAUUGCCGAAAAGCUGGAUUUGAAGAAAAACGUGGUACGCGUCUGGUUCUGCAAUCAACGCCAAAAACAAAAACGUAUAGUUAGUAGUGUAACACCAUCAAUGACUGGACACAGUUCGGCGGGAUUUGGAUACUGA